AUGUCCACCUCACCCGCCAAGAAGGAAUUCCUCUGCAUCCUGCCCGACAAGCCCGGCGCGCAGGCCAAGCGUCUGGAAGUUCGCCCUCAGCAUCUCGAGGGCGUGAAACCCCACGUCGCAUCUGGCGCUAUCGUUGCUGGCGGCGCAAUGCUCAAUGCUCACCCCGCUGAAGGAGAGACUCCCUCUUUCAAGGGUAGUAUGAUGAUGGCUGUUGCGGAGAAUAAGGAGCAGGUUCUUGAGCUGUUGAGCAAGGAUAUUUACGUCACUUCUGGCGUGUGGGAUAUGGAGAAUGCGCAGAUUAUUCCGUUCAAGUCUGCUGUUCGGGAGGCUCUGUAG